UACAAUAUACUUGAAAGAAAAUAAGCGAUGGAUUGAAUACGACAAGGGCUUGCGGUUAGACCAAGAUGGAUGGUCCGGCCAUAUAAAAAUGGCCAAAAUGAGUGAUUCUUCGCGGCGCGAGCGCGAUGGAUGGGUACAGUGGGUGAUAGCUGAGCAGCCGCUUUGUCUGUCUCUGCCCGCUGAGGGACAAACCUUCCUUGGAAAGGUGGGGCCGACAGGCAUUAGUAGUAGUACCAGUACCGGAAGCAAACCAGAAUAUGCUUUUGCUUUGGUCUAUUAGGCUUCUCUCUUUCAUCGGGCUCUGUUCUCUAUCUACAUACAUCUCAAAAGCUAUGGAGCUUUUUCAUGAGCUCUUCCUAACCGUUGCGAUUUCGGUUAUCUUUUCCUUUGUUCUAUCAAAGAUCCUUUCAUUGGCGGCAGGUGGUGGUGUUCAGGACGAUGCCCUUUUGGGAUCAUGCAAGGAUGGGGAGAGUGAGAGAGGAGGGAGGUUUGUUGGAGUGGGUUCGGGAUUGGAGAUAUGUGAAGGCGAAUCGGUUUUGGCAAAAUUGGAGGUUCAGGAGGUUUUAAAUGAUUUGGAUGUGGAUGUGGAUGUUGGAUUGGAAGGAGGUUGUGGUGAAAAGACGGUGGGGGUCGGUGGGAUUGUGGCUGACUUGGUUGAAGAAUGUGUUGAGGAUGAAGGAGGCUCGGAGAAGAGGGAAGCGGUUGAAGAUGAUGCGGCUGUUGGAUUGGAAAAGAGAUUGAUGGAAGGAGGUUAUGGUGAAAAGACGGUGGAGGUCGGUGAGAUUGCGGCUGACUUGGUUGAAGAAUGUGUUGAGGAUGAAGUUCGUUCGGAGAAGAGGGAAGCGGUUGAAGAUGAUGUGGCUAUUGGAUUGGAAAAGAGACUGAUGAAAGAAGGUUGUGGUGAAAAGACGGUGGAGGCCUGUGAUGGAGUCGGUGGGUUUGAGGCUGACUUGGUUGAAGAAUUUGCUGAGGAUGAAUGGAAUUCAGAGAAACGUGAAGCGGUUGAAGAAGAUGCGAUUGUUGGAUUAGAAGAGAAAUUGAUGAAAGGAGAUUGUGGCGAAGAGACGGUGGAGGUCUCUGAUGGAGUCAGUGGGGUUGAGGCUGACUUGGUUGAUGAUGAAGGGUGUUCGGAGAAGAUUGAAGCGGUUGUUGGAUUGGAAGAGACAUUGACGAAAGGAGAUUGUGGUGAAGAGACUGUGGAGGUCUGUGAUAGAAUCAAUGAGGUUGAGGCUAAAUUGGUUGACGAAUGUGUUGACGACGAAGGGAAUUCAGAGAAAAGUGAAGCGGUUGGUUUGGAGUGUGAAGGCCAGAAUGAGGUAGGUGAUGAGAGGGGAGAGUUUUUUGAUGAUGAUUGGGAGGGGAUUCAGAGAAGUGAAUUGGACAGGGCUUUUGGUGCUGCUGCGGCAUUUGUGGGUUCGGAGAAAAAUGCUAAUCACAUCUUGAAUCUUAACAGUGAUGUAAGGAUGCACCUGUACGGGCUUCACAAGGUUGCCAUCGAAGGACCUUGCCGGGAGCCUCCACCUAUGGCAUUGAAGAUUUCCGCUCGUGCCAAGUGGAAUGCUUGGCAGCGGCUUGGGAACAUGAGUCCAGAGGCAGCUAUGGAGCAGUAUGUUGCCCUUCUUUCGAGGGACAUUCCAGGGUGGUCAGUGGACGAUCCUCAUGAGGCAGUAAACAUAUUUGUUCAGAUGCAGGAGCAUUGGGGAAGCUAGCUUCUGAGUAAAAACAUUGCUACAGGAAUAAUCCAUCUCUGAAAUGAGAGGACAAACAGUGAGAUGCAUUUCUAUGCUGGUUCCUCUCUACACUACGUGGACUACAUCUGCCUUCCCUUCACUGAAAAUGCAACUAUCCCCAUUGCCAAGGGUUUGGACUUCACUUCUCGGAUUAGAAGCUUUACUUCUCAUUAUGACCAAGUAUAUAUAUAUAUGACUAUCUGUUGUGUGUAAAUAAAUUAGUGAUAUAUAUGGAGUGUCAUUUAUAUGUAUGGGUUUGACUAAUAUUGUAUUUGAUAUUAGUCUUGUAACAUAUAUAGUUUUUCUUUCUUGAUUUUCAAGAAAAUGAGGAAAGGAAAGAAGAAUUUGUAAUUUUACAUCUUCCAUGCAACAGGAGCUACCCAUUAGUGGCUGGACCCGCCCUUUUAUCUCUGUC